AUGGAUGUGGUGACGGAAGGGCGAGAGCCAGUAGCUGUAGAGGCGCUAGGUUUUCCUUUGCUCAGACUUGUUGUCGAAGCGCGCAAUGAGCACGGCUUGAGACAGCAAGAUUGGUCGCGAUACCGCCAAUAUUGUGCAACGAAGACGAAGCGUGUGCGGUCAGCUCUAGAACUCACCCAUGGCGUUACGCCCAAGGCACACGGCAAGCCGGUGAGCGGACGCCGGUCCAAACGGGCGAAACGCAUUACGCCGACGAUGCAGAGCGAAGUGGAUAAAAAACGCGACCAUACAUUUGUUCGGCGUGACAUUGGUCUGGACCAUGUUACGAAUACGCGUCCUUUGGAACUCCUGCUUUUUGAGAGCGAGCACUGCUGGGCCGCAGCCGAAGAGCUGGCAGCCACGCAGAAUGAAGCGCGAAGCUCAAAGCUGCGCCGCAGUAGCAUGGGACGCGCGCGACGUGCCAUCCAGUACGCGGAUAAGCUUCACAAACUUGCAGAAGCUCUUCCUGCACUCACCGCCAUGUCACGGGCUCAGUGUCUCGCAUAUGUAGGUCUUGUUCGUGGUGCAUACGCUUUUCUUCAUGGUAACUGGGAACAGACGCUUCGCGUAUCUGCAGCGACGCGUUGUCUUUUGACAAUUAUCAGUGAGUGUAGCACGACAAGCCGUGACGAAGCACUUGCCAGCAGUUUUCUCGACUCGCUUGACGCCCAGAUUCGCUUUGCUGUGUAUUCACUGGGUGCACAAGAUGAUGCGUCUGAACGUGCAUCUGACUACUCAGCUUGUGAGGCCACGCUGCCUGGCUUUCACCGCGUCACAGAAGCGCUCAAAGCGGCUCAUCCAUCGUCUAUGUCGUCGUUGACGCCCUUUGAGCUGCACUGGCGCGCACAAACGAUCCCGAUCCAUUCGCUCGAGCUGCAUGAUGUAAUUCUGCGUGUAAAAGCAGAGGAGGCUGCUCUUGCACAGUUUGUGACUCCGACAACCAAGGCCCAGACGUCUAGCCAGGAAGCUAGUGGUAAGACCACGAACACAGCUUCGGCAACGUCCAAACGCGCUCGCCUGUCCCACGCGGAACGAAAUGCCAAGCGCCGUGGCCACGCACAUUACACGCAUAACUCGUACGCGAAUCGUGCUGAGCUCGAUCCGUUUGACCGCGUUCUAGCCGCCUUGACAGAUGCCGAAUCAAUGGCACGAGUCCUUGUGGAUGACAAUAGCCAAGCAUUGGCGAAGACUCAUUCUGCUCGUUACGAGGCGACUGGCUUUCAGCUGAGGCGUGUGCAUGAAUGGCUUGUGUACCGCCUGCUGGCUGUGCGCAUUGCGCGGAAUGUGCGUCUUUGGGAUGAUAUUCAGUCGCGCGCUGCGAAGCGCGAGAUGCGUGCGAAAUCCCUCGUUGAUGAUCGUACGCACCGACGCACGAGGCGACAAAAGGGUCUUGCACCUGCUGUGGUACGAGCCAAGCUCUCUCGACAAUAUGGGCAUAGUGGCACUCGGAGGCGUGCAAGAGUAUCUCGUGAAAGGCGUCUGCAGCGUGCAUUGGAAGUAGCCGCGCAGCAGUCUGAGCGUCGGCGCUUGCGCCUUGUCCCAGGCAUUGCCAAGCUUCUCGACAGUAUAGACAGCAGUCUGCUUGCCAUGGGCGGCUUGGUCAUGGUCGAAGGUGAACCGGAUGUAUCGAGUCUUUUAGAGGCAAAACGCUUCUAUUACUGCUCAGAAUUGCUACGUCAGUUAGCUGGUGCAUUUACACAGCAUGGACAAUGUGCUGAGGCGCUCGUGCUUUUACAGCGCGCCGACUUGUAUGUCCGACAAGCACAACAGUCGUUGGAACUCGCUCAUGGUGCGGAAGAUGAAGACCAUAUCUUUGCACCGCACCUACUAGCAUCUGAUGUCCUGACGCACCAGACGGAGCGAUUACGCAGUAUGCGAGAAUACGCGCAAGCAACCGUCCAACGACAAGUGUUGCCCUUGACCCCAUCUUCAUCGAUGCGGUCGACGAAGGGUGGGCAGUCUGUGUACUACCAUGCCUUGCGCCAUGUGUCGUUCGACCAGGUGGACCUUGACUAUGCAUUGGAACAGGCUCGUGCGCACGCAAAUGCUGCCCGAGUUGAUCACGAUGUCGACGGUAUGCACACGACUACUGAUCUGUUAGCCGGACAAGAGCCGAUGGCGCUGGAUACAGCGAACGAGGAAGAGGUGAUCAAUAACAAGUCAACGGCUGAUACCGUGCGCUUGGUCUCCGAAGAACAGUCAGUCGCCGAUACUCGUUUCUCUAACGAAACCUCCGUCGCUGUUGCACCUGUGCCUGAAACUGUGCCGUCAGCAGAUUCCUUGACGGCGCCAUUCGAUCCUGCAAACGCGUAUGAGGAAGAAGAAGAGCUGCGCCAGGAGCGUGAGCGAAAGUCUCGGAGCUGGCUUAGCUGGUGGCUUGGCCGCUAG